CUUUGGUGAGCUUUUUUUUCUCCCUUGUGGUUUCAGUCAAACUCUUGUGUACUAACACCAUGUUGCAUUAAGAUUGUGACUGGUGGUAAUGUUAAACGGUGCAUUAGAGGCUUCAAACUGUUAAUAUGGGUGCCUGGAUGUGCUGUUGGAUUUUAUGCCUUUCUUCUGUACUAACUACUCACUCAUUCGUCUUGACUCAGUCUCCAGGACUCACACUCGUCUCAGUCGGUGGUUCUGUAGAGUUAAGAUGUAUAUCUGAGCAGCUUGUUAGAUACUGCUUUACCUCUGCUGCAUGGAAAAAGAUGAAUCUACGGACUGGAAAACUCACGACAGUGAAUAGUAGCUAUGAGAAUAAUGUCCUUCAGCCUGAUGGUAAAACCUGUGUUUUGACUCUCAAACACGUAACCAAGACAGAUUCAGGCUUGUACUAUUGCAUGAGCAGAUUUAAUGACAUGGCUGUCGUCGGCAAUGGGAGCAGGGUGAUCGUUAAAGAUCGAUCUGAACCAAAACUCUCCAUCUUAUACACACCACAUGAACCUGAUUCUCCAUCGGUAUCACUGCAGUGUCUCGUGACUGAACUUGUCCCGUCUCAGGUGCGUGUGUUCUGGAUGAUUGGACAGAAGGAGCGAGCUGGAUGGACCGAGUCCGGCUGGACAGACAACACUGAUUCAGCCACAGAAUUCACUCGAGCUCAUCUCUCUGUUUCUGAAGAGGAGUGGAAUAAAGCCGGUGAAAUUCAGUGUUUUGCUGAAAAUGAGGGAAAGAACCUCUCCAAAACUCUGAACCGAAGCGGACUGACUCAAAGACCUCUGUGGAUUGUGUACUGUGGCUGCGGGGCAGUAUUGCUGAUUGUAGCCGUGGUCUUCUCUGUUUGUUUAUGCCAAGGCAAACAGAGUACAGGGAAUGAAGACAUUUCAUCUGUAAAGUUUUACCCUGUGGAUCCAAUCAGUUUAGGGGUGAAUUUAAGUCCAGCAAAACAAUAAAGGUAAAAUUUAAAUUUGUAAAUGCUUUUUAAUUAUAUUUGAUAUGAGAAACAGUCAAUCGUUAAGAACACUCUGAUGUUUCCUUCAGAUAUUGUUUCCUUUAUUUCAGGGCACCACUGGAGAUCAGUGUUAUUAAAAUGAAUGUUAUACUCUGUCUAACAAUUACUAAAAAUGACAAUAUAUUACAUUAAAAUUAGCAUCCUCCAUGUUUAUGAUGAUGAUGGUACACCAAUUAAUGUACUCUCUGAUCUGACUUUCUUUAAGCUCUGUGGAUGAACAAACAUCUUUCAUACUUAAUAUAGAGUUGUUCUUGAGUCAAAAUUAUAUGAAUAAUCUAUAUUAUUGUAUGAUUAUGUCUUCUCUUAUUCCCAAAUAAAGUGUAUUUUUUCUUCUUUUUUAUUAUUCCUUUACUCGUUUGGAAUGGAAAUUACUUUGUUAGGAAGCAAAAGGGAUUGAACUUUUAUUCUGGUGCAGUUUAGAGGCGUUACGUUUGAUUAUGAGCAUGCACAAAUGAGAUAUGGGAUUGGGAGCUAUAGAUUUGAGCAGAAUUUUCAGUAAAUAACAACUUAUUUCACUCUGUUCAGUAGCUUAUAUAACACUUUAGAUCAGGGAACAUUAUUAACUAGUUGCUUUGCAUUCAUUUUACUAGCAUGUUGGCUGCAAGAGGAAAAUUAGAAUUUUAUUGAGGGAAAAUGCUUAAUAGUGAAAAUGUGCUUCGUAAUCUAAAGUGUUAACAUUUAUUCUUGACAUAUACAGUAUACAGCCUAUAGAAAACAAGAUUUAGUUUUUGUUUUUCUCAUAAUUUCCAAAUGUGGAAAGAAACAUGUCAGCAAAACUUGAGGAGUGAUCCUUAGCAGGGCCGUGCAGAGACCUUUGGAGGGGCAGGUGCUCAAAGUAUAAAAGGGGCACAUGGAACAAGGUUUU